AUGGGCAGAGGUGGUGGAACUCGAAUACCACUAUGGAUAUCAAUACUAGCACUUGUCUUCAUACAGAUCAAAGCUUUCAAAUCCCAAGAUGUGACAAUCAUUCCACCUUUUCAAAACACACUGAAAGUAAAGGCUGGCAAUCCCUUCCACAAUGGCCGCGUAUGCAGCACCUGGGGUAACUUCCACUUCAAAACCUUUGAUGGGGACAUCUUUUACUUCCCUGGAGCCUGCAAUUACAUCUUUGCAUCCAACUGCAAGUCUUCCUAUGAGGACUUCAACAUCCAGAUUAGGCGUACAAUGGAGGAAAAUGCUACCGUGAUCACUCACGUCAUCAUGAAGCUGGAAGGAGCAGUGAUUGAACUGACCCGUGGCUCUGUCAAGCUAGAUAACAAAUUGGUUCAGAUGCCUUACAGCCAUAUGGGAGUCUUGAUAGAGAGAAGUAACAACUAUUUGAAAGUUUCUGCCAAGUUAGGACUGACCUUCCUUUGGAAUGAACAGGAUGCCCUCCUGGUGGAACUAGAUAAGAAAUAUGCCAAUCAGACUUGUGGACUUUGUGGGGACUUCAAUGGAAUUCCAGUUAAUGAUGAAUUUAUUUCAGGGAAGACCAAACUAACUCCCAUACAGUUUGGUAAUAGGCAGAAGAUGGAUGGACCCACAGAGCAGUGUGAUGAUCCUAUUCCUUCUACUGUUCAGACGAACUGCUCAGCAGAAUUUGCCUCUAUCUGUGAGACAGUAUUAACCAGUAAAGCAUUUACAAGUUGCAACAUGCUUGUCAAUGUUCAGGACUACAUCGAAACUUGCAUACAAGAUCUGUGCCACUGUGAUAGUUCUAUGGCUGACUUCUGCAUGUGUAACACUUUUGCCGAAUACUCCCGUCAGUGUGCUCAUGCAGGAGGACAGCCUCUGAACUGGAGAACCUCAGAACUGUGUCCCAAAUCAUGUCCGUUCAACAUGCAAUACCACGAGUGUGGCUCUCCCUGCUCUGACACGUGCAGCAACCCGGAACGAUCUGCACUUUGUGAAGACCAUUGUACUGAUGGCUGCGUCUGUCCUCCAGGAAUGGUAUUUGACGACGUUAAUGGUGCUGGCUGCAUUCCCCGAAGAGAAUGCCACUGUACCUAUGAAGGGGAAACUUAUGCUCCUGGUGCCUCCUUCUCAUCUAAAUGCAGAACAUGUACCUGUGUUGGAGGUGAAUGGUCUUGUGUCACUCAGUCGUGCCCUGGGACCUGCAGUAUUGAAGGAGGCUCCCACAUUUCAACAUUUGAUGAGAAAUACUACUCUUUCUUUGGAGACUGUAGCUAUGUCCUAACCAAGCUCUGUGACAGCAAUGAAUUUACGGUUCUGGGAGAUAUCCACAAGUGUGGCCUGACUGACACUGAGACGUGCCUGAAGGGUAUAGCCAUCAGCCUGAGUGGAGGACAAACUAACAUUGUGAUUCAACCUUCUGGAAGUGUAUUUGUGAAUAUGAUCUACACACAGCUGCCAUUCUCAGCAGCAAAUGUCACCAUCUUCAGACCUUCAUCUUUCUUCAUCAUUCUGCAAACAACCUUUGGUCUUCAGCUACAGGUUCAACUUGUGCCUUUCAUGCAACUUUUUAUAGACUUAGACCCAUCACAUAAGGGGCAGACCUGUGGUCUCUGUGGAAACUUCAAUGACAUGCAGACAGAUGAUUUCAAAACCACCAGUGGUGUAAUAGAGGGUACUUCAGCUGCCUUUGGAAAUACUUGGAAAACUCGGGCUGACUGUCCUGAUGCCAAAAAUACCUUUGAGAACCCCUGUACUGUCAGCAUACAAAAUGAUCAGUAUGCUCAGCACUGGUGUGGACUGCUCUCUGAUCCUAUGGGACCUUUUGCUGAAUGUCACUCAACAGUGAAUCCAGAAGUUUACCAGAAGAACUGCAUGUUUGACACAUGUAACUGUGAGAAGAGUGAGGACUGCAUGUGUGCUGCCCUUUCCAGCUAUGUCAGAGCCUGUGCUGUUAAAGGCGUUCUGCUCCCUGGAUGGAGAAACAAAGCCUGCACAAAAUACACCACCUUGUGUCCAAAAUCUUUGAAGUACACUUACAAUGUCGAUACCUGUCAACCCACCUGCCGGUCUCUGAGUGAGCCUGAUGUCACAUGCAGCAUCAAGUUUGUCCCAGUUGAUGGCUGCACCUGCAUAAAUGGAACAUACCUGGAUGAAACUGGCAAAUGUGUGCCUGCUUCUAGCUGUCCUUGUUACUACAAAGGAAUGCCUUUGUCUUCUGGAGAAGUUAUUCACGAUAAUGGUGUUGUCUGCACUUGCACCUAUGGAAAGCUGAGCUGCAUUGGAGAGAAACCUGAACCAGUCUGUGUACCUCCCAUGGUUUACAUUGACUGUGGUAACGCCACUGCAGAUGUGGUAGGAGCAGGAUGCCAGAAGAGCUGCCAGACUCUAGAUAUGGAAUGUUACAGAACUCACUGCGUCUCUGGCUGUGUAUGUCCUCAUGAUCAAGUGUCAGAUGGCAAAGGAGGCUGUAUAGCUCCAGAAGACUGUCCAUGUGUUCACAAUGGGAAUUUCUACAGUCCAGGAGAAUCAAUCAGAGUUGGCUGUAACAACUGCACGUGUAGAAACAGAAAAUGGCAUUGCUCUGAGGAACCCUGCCUGGAAACGUGUUCUGUUUAUGGAGAUGGGCAUUACACCACCUUUGAUGGCAAACGCUUUGAUUUUGAAGGAGACUGUGAAUAUGUUCUGAUCCAGAACUACUGUGGUCAACAAGCUAUGAAUCAGGGAACCUUCAGAGUCAUCACUGAGAACAUUCCAUGUGGCACUACAGGAACCACUUGCUCUAAGUCUAUUAAAGUUUUCUUGGGGAACUAUGAGCUGGUACUCAGUGAUGGACACUCUGAUGUCAUCCAGAGGACACCUGGAGGAAAAAUGCCAUUCCAAAUCCGUUCCAUGGGUAUCUACCUGGUAGUUGACACUACUGCUGGUCUGAUACUCAUGUGGGACAAGAAGACCAGUAUAUUCAUCAAACUUAGUCCCAGCUUUCAGGGACAUGUUUGUGGACUUUGUGGAAACUAUGAUGGCAAUGGAAAUAAUGACUUCACUACUCGCAGUCAGUCUGUGGUAGGAAAUGUGCUGGAGUUUGCCAAUAGCUGGAAAGUGUCUUCUAGUUGCCCAAAUGCCAAUCGUACAAAGGAUCCCUGCACUGCAAACCCAUACAGAAAAGCCUGGGCACAGAAGCAAUGCAGCAUUAUUACCAGUGAAGUGUUUGCAAAGUGUCACUCCCAGGUUGAACCAAAUGAAUAUUAUCAAGCAUGUGUGGAUGAUGCUUGUGCCUGCGACACUGGAGGAGACUGUGAAUGUUUCUGUACAGCAGUAGCUGCCUAUGCUCAAGCA